UGAGAAGAUAGUCUUAUCAUAUUUUGAUUGACUUUCUGAAGCUGCCAAUCCCCACCUGUGAUCCUUCCCAGCUGCCUGUCGGACGAAACGCAAAGAUGCCGUGGAAAAAGAUUGAGCACCAAUUUACCCAUCCCCAGCUGGACUACAGCUCGGAGCCAAACUUCCAGCCGUGCAUCAAGGUCUCGGUGUUUUUCAAGAAGAUCGAUUCCAUCGACCACGACACCUUCUUCGGCCACUGGAGAACUGUCCAUGCCGACCUCGCAGUUGCAACCCAGGCCUUCCGCCACCAUAUUGUGCGCUAUGCCCAGCACCACCAGACGCCUGAAAUGAAAGAGCGGGCACGUAGUCUGGGGGAGAAUGUCCUAGACUACGAUGGAUGUGCACAACUUUGGGUGAAAACCUGGGACGAUUGGUUGGCUUUCUACAACAGCAAGGAGUACGCCGCGGCCCUGAGCCACGACUGCGACCGGUUCAUGGCUCUGCCCAUGACAUACAUGGUCGGGUAUGAGAAUCUGGUUGUGGGUGACGCAUCUAGGGCAAUGGGUGGGAAAGACGGGAUGGGUGCGGCCCAGCUUCCCAAGAAGGAGGAGUGAAGAUGCUCUGUUGUCUACUGUACUCUCUCUCUCUCUCUCUCUGGGACCAGUAAUUUGACAGACUAAACUUCGUGUCCGUUGGUAACCUCGCCGAGGUACUCUGAAAAGAAUGGUACAAAUGUAUGAGCUAAACCUGGU